UCCAAGCCUCCGUGCGAGGAGUCUCUGAGGCGCGAGAAGGUCUUCCACGCCAACCUCGCCGCCAUCGAGGCGCACAACGCCGCUCGCGAGGGCGAAGGGUCCGAGGGCAAGGGAGGGAUGAAGAUGGGCGUGACACGCUUUGCGGACCUCACCGAGGAGGAGUUUUCAAAGCAUCACGGUAAGGGAUUCAACGCCAUGGACAAGGAGAAGGAGAAAGGUGGCGGUGACGAGGGUAAGGCGCUACCAAAGGACAUCGAUCUCCCUAAGACCUUGGACUGGAGGCAGAAGAUGGAUAUUGGCCCUCUGUACUCGCAGGGUGCGUGCUCUGGAUGCUGGGCGUACAGCACGGUGCAGGUGAUUGCUGACAGCAAGCUCAUUGGCACUGGCCACCGCCCAAGCCCAAGCCCGUAUUACCUCCUUUCGUGCGACGAACUCGACAGCGGGUGCAACACCGGCAACAUGGCCACGGCGUACGCAUGGAUCCAGGUGCAGCAGCACGGUAUCCUUAGCGUGGAGGACUUCCCAACUGCGAGUGACAGGUGCAUGGAGGCGGAGUCCAACGAAAAGGCCAAGGGCGUGACCAUCGACGGCUUCUGCGAGAUUCCUCCUCUGCGGGGUGCGGAGACUGUCUAUGCAUUGCUCCGCGCGCUCUAUCAGCAACCCGUCGCGAUCGGCAUGAACGUCAAGCCCCUGCAGCUGUACGGUGGCGGACUUGUAACCAUGGAGGACUGCCCACCGGCUUCUAGUGAUCAGAUCAACGCCAUCAACCACGCCGCUGUCGUUGUCGGCUGGGGCGAGGACGAAGAGAGCGGGAAGCCUUAUUUCCUCAUCAAGAAUUCUUACGGUCAGGACUGGGGUGAAAACGGAUACGCGCGGCUCGAGAUGGCGUACGACGGCGACUCCAUGUACGGCGCAUGCGGGAUGUUUGCGGAGCAAAACUAUCCACUUACAGAUGGUCGCGACUGCACCGAGGGUUCGGAGAAGAAGUGGAGUGAGCUUCGGGGAGAUGACGUGUAUCUGAUGCCCGAUAAUGUGGUGAUCCUGCCCGACGGGGGUGGUAUCCUCACUCCGGCGCGCAUCAAGGUGUUCGGCUACGAUCUCACUGCGAUCCUCAAGACGGCAUCUUUCGUAUGCUUCGCGCUGUGCGUAUUUUUUCUCGGUAUCGAGAUUUAUUACUGCUUCGUGCCUGAGCAGGACGGAGACACCCCUCGGACGCCAGCACCGAGUCAUCUGCACUACGGAGCUGCCGGCAAGUGAGGGGUAAACACACACCUUCGUAAGUGUUAACACUUAGAGAGUUGUAAAUUCAUCCAAUGAAGGAUUUGCUAU